AUGCUGAAACUGUGGGUGUGGGCUCUGUUGUUCCAACUCUCUACCGUCUGGUCGUUCCAGAUCAAUGCUCCUUUCUUCGCCAAGGGCCAACCGCCAGUCACCGACAAGGAACCUAUCCCGGGGGACUCGUCGUUGCAACACUGUGACCUGGCUAUCAGCCAGGUGGUCGACAUCACGCAGGUCAACCUGUCUCCAAACCCACCUGCUAGAGGGAAAGACCUGACCAUUUCUGCCUCGGGAACCGUGGCCAGCGUCGUCGGCGAGGGGUCGUACGUCGACGUCGAGGUCAGGUUGGGCUACGUCAAGCUGCUCACUCAGAAGUUUGACCUCUGUCAGAUGCUCAGCGAUAACGACAUCGCUGGCCUGGGCGAGUGUCCGAUCCAGAAGGGUGCCUACUCGCUCACCAAAGCCGUACGCAUCCCAGACGAGGUGCCUCCAGGCAAGUACACCGUUCUCGCCAGAGCCUACAAUGAGCACGGCGAGUUGCUCACCUGCAUCACUGGCGAUAUCGUGUUCCCAGUGGACAUGCUUUAA